AUGCUCAGUCCGCCGUUCGCCGCGAUGAGUUUUCAACCCAUCGCCUCUGUCGGCCGGACAUCGCCCACUACGUUGACGAAGCCUCCGUCCUUCAGCUCCGUUCGUCAGUGCCCCUGCAUCGAGUCGUCGAUAUCGCCAUCUCCAUCACCGUCCUUCCCGUCCCCUACCUUCAGAUCCUCUAUCGCCGCCACGUGGACGGCGUGUUGGAAUCCUGUCCGGAACAAACAUCCCCAAAGCCAACCAUCAUCACCAGCUCAAUCGCGACCACCCAGACUCGGCUCCGACAGUCCAUCUCAACAAGUACCGUCGCUCCUGUUGAACGCAGUCGCGUGGAUCCACCAUCGUCCUACCUGGAAUAAACCUCCCCAACGCCGGCCAUUAGGACCUCUCCAGCGACACAGGUGUGACAUCUACCAACCUCCUGGUGCAGGCGCCGCCGUGUUUCUAGAAGGUCUUCCGAGAAAAAGAGGAAUCAGACUUUGCAGAAACAGUGGAGAACCUUCGCUCCGCAUGCUCCCACCUGUCUUCUUCCCACUAUAG